UGUUCAACAUGAACCUCACGUUGAGAAUUUGCAAUACAUAAUAAGAUUAUAACUUAACUUAAUUAGUACUUGACUUGAUCUAUUCUUAACUUAACAUGAUUACAUGAACCUCCAGUUGAGAACUUAAAGUCUUUUCUCUUUUUGUGGUGCAAAGACUUCACUCGCCAUCUCAGAAAACGAAAAACAAUGAAGGAAUAUGAUCCAUCUUUACUUGCUGAUUCUCAUCCUGUUUUUUCUCAUGAGGUCGAACGAGCGAGACCAACCCCCACGCUGUCUCAGCAACAAUUUUCUCAAGCUACCACUUUAGAAAUCCCAACAUACGAUUCAGCAAUAUCACCAUCUGUUGCCCAAACUAGAUGGAAGUUUUCAAGACAUGUUUCCCAUUGGGUUAUUGCGUUCUUCAUAGGGUACUUUUCCAUGACCAUGAAAAACCGUUCCAAUAUUAGUGGUAUAAAUCUUCUAUUUAUACCAUAUCUUUUGGCAACUCCUUUCAUUGCUAAUGUAAUCGAUAGGCAUUACAAUGGUAUCAUCCUCAAUCUACUUAUGUUACUUUUUCCAAUUGGUGCUAUAUGUGUUGGUCUUGUUGCGGGAGCACUUGCUUCUCCCAUAGCAAUUGUAUUCUUACCAUGUCUAUUGCUGUCCUUUAUACUUGUCCGAUUACUUCAAUUCAUUAGACAUGGUGAGGCCUAUGACAAUCUCGUUUUACUUAAGUUUUAUAUCCGCACUUGGAUAUACUACCUCUAUCUCUAUUUGAUUGCGCCUGCUCUAGCUAUUUACCUUACAAUUGCUUGGUAUUCUCGAACCCUUCAAUCUACCUUCUUCAACGGAUUGCUACUCGGAUACUCGCCUCCGACUAAAAGUAAAGUUCUAGGAGAUUGGCAGCACAUAUGCAGUGUAAUCAGUGGCAUGCUUAUAAUCAGCACUAUACUUCUGAUUCUUGCCUUCAAUUAUAUACCACGACUCCAACUGGAUCUUCUGGAAAGUGGCAUUAAUGUUCCGGAAGCUGUGCUCGAAGUAGCUGACUGUCUGAACGUUUUCAUCUGGAUGAAGAUAUUACUUAAGAUAACUGCUGCUCCUGCUUUAAAGCAUCACAAAAUUCUUGGAUUAGAAACAUGGAAAUGGAUUCAGGCAUUCAUUUUCAUUGUAAUCAUUUACAAUGUCAUUACAAUUCUAACUCGUCUGUCUGUAUGGUCGCUGCAAAAGUACGUCAGUCAUGAUAAACCUGCUACACAGAAAGAUACAGCCACAGGGCGAUCUUCAAUCUUACAUAAAAUCUUUCGUAGAAGAUAUCUGGUAUAUUGGGGCAAUGGAAUGAAACACAGCAUCAACUUCAUAUUGAGCUCAUCGUUGUUCCUAUUUGCUUGGGUGUUGUAUUUUAGAUCCUACUUGAAAACAACACCAACAGCCAGAAAAGUUUGGGAAUUUGGUACCUGGACCUGCCUCAGUUUUUUAACAUGCGCCAUUUUUUGGCUGAUAAAAAAUUGUGUUGUUCUCUCAUGGGAAGCUGAUUCAAUCUACAUUAGAUUAGAAUCAAAAAUCUUACAAGGAGCGAAGCAAUUGUACUUCCUUGGCAUCAUGGGUCGCCACGAUUACGACAUUUUCAAUCUAUUGUAUCAUGAUGAAAUGCCAAAGGGACAAAAGAAAUGGGGGUUCAUACAAACUUUUUCACGAUUGCAACACAUGUUUACUUUCAGUUUUGUAAUAAAUCUAAAUACUCAAUAUCACAGAAAAACUGACGCUGUGGAUGAAUGGGAGAAUGACAAGAAAUUGUCCCAAAAAAAGAAUAACAGAGCCAAAGACUACUUGCUGAUGCAGGGUAACCAAACUCCAACCAUUUAUGGUGUACAACAAGCGGCUUUAUACUUUUUCAUGGCUAAAAGUAAAUUGUUAGAGGAGAAGUAUACUUCCGUCAUCCUCAAAAAGCUGGAGAGUUAUAAUCAAGAUGAUGAUAACAGCAGUGGUAUCGAACAAAAUUUGAAGCGACUAAUUGGAGAGGAACACUGGGAAGAUUUUCAGCAUCAACUUGAUGAAUAUGUGGGUUCUUCAGAAUCCAUAUGUUUUGAAACAAAGCUUACGGCAUGGAUGGAAAUGGCACACAACAAUUGUUUGUUCCUCGCAAACACAUUAAGUAGUGGCAAAGAAGUUGUGGAUUGUUUAAACAACAUCAUCAGCUUUGUUCUAAUCUUUGCCUCUUUCAUAAUGUGGCUUCUUCUCACGGGGUUGGCAACCACAAAAGUACUUGUCCUCAUUUCUGCACCACUGUUAGCUGGAAGUUUUAUGUUUCAAAACACUUGCAAGAUCCUGUUUGAAGGGAUCAUGUUUGUUUAUGUGGUGCAUCCUUUUAACGUUGGAGAUUUAUGUAUCAUCGAUGAGAAAAUGAUGGAGGUCAGAACUGUUGGUGUUUGGAGAACAACAUUUUCUAAAAUCGGUUCACAAGAGGAAGUAAUAUAUUCAAAUUCGGAGUUAGCCACCACAAGUAUUGUCAACCAUAAGACCGAUUUUGAUUGGAACGAGUCAGUGGAGGUUGAUGUAGGUUCUUUAAGCAAUGGAAAAAUCAAGAAUCUGAAAGAAGAAAUUGAAAAAUAUCUUGAUGGUAAUAAAGAUAAAUACACACCAGGAUAUAAUUCUGUCGAGGUGUUGACAGACGGAGAUACUCUGAAGUUAGUUGUUUGUUUUAGACACAAAGUGAACCUUAAAAACAGCAACUUCUUUAAAUGUCUAAAGGAAAAGCGCAAACUACGAUCUGAAUUUGUUCUCGAGGCAGAGAAGCUUGCCGAUCGAAACCAAAACGGAAAAUCAAUAACAUAAGAGAGACGUGCUGACAGUGCUUAAGAUGAUCAGACAGAAGCUAAGUCUCGCGAUUUGGGUGGUGAAGAUGCUUCUACAGCAGGAAAGACUAAGAAUGUAUUUAUAUUUUUGUCAAGACUCUAGAGCGCAGAAGAGACUCAUUGUGUGUAAUAUUUUUUUGCUGCAUUUUUGUCAACUUGGUUUCCACUUUCAGUAGUUGUCUUCCUUAGGCCUUGAUGCCUUAUCCAGUUAUCAGAAGAACAUGUUCUAAACAGCAAAAGUAAUGCAUAUGUACAUGCACAAAUAACUGUAAAGGACUUGUACCCAAAAACAAGCAGUUUCAUAUG